AUGACUCCGGAUGGAAGAGUCACUUGCGUUUGUGAGUGCGAUUUGAGAGUUUUUGCAAAGGCGAUUUUCAGCGAUCUAUCUUGGCAGUAUAGGCGAUUUCCGGCGAUAUUGUCACGGUGGAGCGAUUUCAGGCAACUUUCGCCGCCUGAGUCUCCGUGUGGUAGUGAACCCAAUACGUUCAAUGGGGAGUCAUCAAACGAUCAUAGGGAUACCGGUAGCGAGGCACUGAGCUUCGACAAUGGCAGUAGUGAAGAUGGCGAGGUUGAGGUCGUCGGCAAGAGGGUCAACGCCGUAUCCUCAUUUGGUAGGGGUAAGGUUAUGCCCACAGAAAGGGCAGUGCUGUUAGCUGCGGUGCCGUGA